AAGUUUAUAAAUACCGUUUCACUCUUCAAACUCUCAGCGUUCAAAUCUCUCAUCUCUCUCACACUUUUCUCUCUAUUUUCCUCUUGUUCAUAGCAUUGUAUUUAAUUGCUUACAUCUAAGUUUUUCAACAAGCAACACUAGCUAGUUAACCAUGGCAGGCGGAGCUUUUGCCACGAGUGGCGGAGGAGGCGAAUUUGAGGCAAAGAUAACUCCGAUUGUUAUCAUUUCAUGUAUCAUGGCGGCCACAGGUGGUCUCAUGUUUGGUUACGACGUUGGUGUUUCAGGUGGUGUGACAUCUAUGCCACCAUUCUUAAAGAAGUUCUUCCCAGCAGUAUACAGAAAGACAGUUUUAGAAAAAGGAUUAGACAGUAAUUACUGCAAAUAUGACAAUCAAGGAUUGCAAUUAUUUACGUCAUCCUUGUAUCUAGCUGGUUUAACGUCCACUUUCUUCGCGUCCUACACCACUCGUGUGUUAGGGCGAAGAAUCACGAUGUUGAUUGCUGGUGUUUUCUUCAUUGGUGGAGUUAUCUUCAAUGCUGCUGCUCAAAACCUUGCCAUGCUUAUAGUUGGAAGAAUCUUACUUGGUUGUGGUGUUGGUUUUGCCAAUCAGGCUGUUCCAGUGUUUCUUUCUGAAAUUGCACCAUCAAGAAUACGUGGAGCAUUGAAUAUACUUUUCCAACUUAAUAUCACUAUUGGCAUUUUAUUUGCUAACCUUGUCAAUUAUGGAACCAACAAAAUUGAAGGUGGAUGGGGUUGGAGGCUAUCUCUAGGGUUGGCUGGUAUCCCAGCACUUCUCCUAACAGUUGGUGCCCUUUUGGUUGUUGACACACCUAACAGUCUCAUCGAACGUGGUCGUACGGAAGAAGGAAAAGCUGCACUAAAAAAGAUUCGUGGCACCGAUAACAUUGAACCAGAGUUCUUGGAACUUGUUGAGGCAAGUCGUGUAGCUCAAGAGGUUAAACAUCCUUUUAGAAAUCUUCUCAAACGCAAGAACCGACCUCAACUUGUCAUUUCCAUCGCCUUGCAAAUAUUUCAACAAUUCACUGGCAUCAAUGCGAUCAUGUUUUAUGCGCCAGUGUUAUUCAACACAUUGGGAUUCAAGAAUGAUGCUUCACUCUAUUCGGCUGUGAUAACCGGUGCUGUGAAUGUGCUCUCCACAGUUGUGUCUAUCUACUCGGUGGACAAACUUGGACGUCGUAUGUUAUUGUUGGAAGCCGGUGUACAAAUGUUCUUGUCUCAAGUCGUGAUAGCUGUCAUUUUGGGUUUUAAGGUCACUGAUCAUUCAGAUGAGCUUUCAAAAGGUUACGCAAUAUUCAUAGUUAUCAUGGUUUGCACUUUUGUGUCUGCUUUUGCUUGGUCUUGGGGUCCUCUUGGAUGGCUUAUUCCAAGUGAGAUAUUUCCAUUGGAGACUCGUUCGGCUGGACAAAGUGUCACUGUUUGUGUAAACUUGCUCUUCACAUUUGUCAUUGCACAAGCUUUUCUAUCUAUGUUGUGUCACUUCAAAUUUGGCAUUUUCAUUUUCUUCUCUAGCUGGGUUUUCAUCAUGUCAAUCUUUGUGUUUUUCUUGGUGCCGGAGACGAAGAACAUACCGAUUGAAGAGAUGACGGAGAGAGUAUGGAAGAAACAUUGGUUCUGGAAGAGAUUUAGCGAAGAUGAGUAUACCAAUGAGAAAAUAGCCAAUGCUGAUUAUCAGUUGUAAAUUGGUGGAGUUUCUUGCAAAUACCAAAUAUGAGUAUUUUAGUCUCUAGAGAAAAUAUAUAAUAUUAAGCAAGUUAUCAUUGCAAUCACAAAUUAACUAUCCUGUUUUGGAUUUUAUUUCUUUUUUACCCCCUCUUCUGUUUCUUUUUUUGUGAAAAGUUUGUUACAUACAAAUUUUGCUAUGGAAACAAAAACAAUAAUAUGGAUUAAUUAUUUAA